AUGUGUAGAUCUAAUGUGGAUAUAAUUCAUACACAAUCUAAAAGGCGAACUUACAUGAACCAAGCAACUAGCCAACAAAACAUAGAAGAGAUCUCGCCGGUAUACGAUUCCAAGCACUUUUACCCAGCGAACCCUGGAGAGGUACUCGCCGAUCGUUGCCAAACCCUGGUCAAGGUUGGCUGGCUGCAUAUGAAAGAGCCAGAGAAUGUCGUGGCACUGAAAAUCGCCAAUAAAAAUGCGGCUCCGGCUAGCCAUGAACGCGAGGUUGAAGAGCAUAUAUCCACGGCAGACCAAUCACAUCGCCGUCGCUCACUCAUCCGAAUAUUACUGGACUCUUUUGAAGUUGAAGGUCCAGAAGGUUCUUAUUCGUGUCUUAUAUAUCUGCCUCUGAGAGAACCACUAUCGAUAUAUCAGAAGUGCUUUGACAAAAGAAAGAUACUACUGUCCCUGAUCAAAAUAUAUAUUCGUGCCCUUCUUACAGAGCUUAAUUACCUUCACAGGGAAUAUAGGACACUUGAAAAUAUUAUAGUCUUGUUUAAGGACCUAUCUGUACUUGCUGAUUUCUUGGAUUCUCAGCUUAAAAAGCCAAUGGCUUUUAAGAUUGAAACAACAGGUCUGAGAAGUAUAUCACAGCUUGUCGACUUUGGCUUGGCAGCCAUACUCGAGAAAGACAGUGACUGGGGUGUCUGCCCUAUUCAGCCAGACCACUAUUGGGCGCCAGAGGAUAUGAUUGACGGCAAAGAGCUAUUUCGUCAUAUCUAUAAUAAACAAGAUUGUUACGAUGCUAAACUAUAUAUCGCAGAAAUAAUAGUCUUAUUCGGUCCACCCGCUCCAGAGAUUAUACAAAGGUAUCAAUACAUACAAGGAUAUUCGUGGCCGGAACCUGUUAGACAAGAAGACAGCAGACUUUGCGAGACCACGGAGAAGUACUUCUGUGGGCUAUUCUUUGACAAUAGUAGUAACAACAUUUUAGGUCGCUUUCUCUGCGAGGACAUGAUCCCCGACCGAAUACUGGGUGACACAGUUUCCUUCCUUGAGGGAGAGGAGAGGAAAGCAUUUUUGGAUCUCGCCAAGGGAAUGCUUGUCUGGCAUCCAGAUGCGAGAAAAGUGGCAGGCGAUCUAGCUGGAUAUUCCUUUCUUCAACCAAAGCAGACGAGCGCCUGA